GGCGAGUGAACAAUCAGCUGUUUGCAAGUGCAGAAGAGUUUUUAUUAUAUAUUUAUUUUGUCAGGCAGAUUUGUAUAAAAAUCGGAUUAGAUAAUAACAAAAAUGCUUCUAAAACAUUUAAUAACUAAAGGUCAGCAACAGAUACGUUGUAUUUCUUCUGCGUCCGCGGCUGUAACGCGACUACAUCGCUCUAUAUAUUGCCGCAUGUAUCCUACGGUCAUUGUGCAGCCUGAUGGUUCCACAAUUAACAUACGCUACCACGAGCCAAGGAAAAUAAUAAAGUUGCCAUUGGAUCUUAGUACUUUAAGUGAAGCUGAGCGGAAAGCACGGUUAGAAGCACGUAAACCGCGAAAGAAGGUCAAGAUUAUGGAGGAAGUUGAGGAUACAUUCAAUGCAAAGAAAUAUAUGAAAUAUAUUAAGAAGAAACAAUAAUUGAAUAUAUAUUGAGACCAAACUACAACCAAAAUUAAAUUCAAUUUCUUAAAAAAGUUAAAUAAUAUCGGUUAUAAUAUUAUAUGUUAA